AUGGGUCGCGGUCCAAAGAAGCAUCAGAAGCGUCUCAGUGCGCCCUCGCACUGGCUUUUGGACAAGCUCUCGGGUGCCUAUGCUCCCAAGGCAUCCCCUGGGCCUCACAAAAGCCGUGACUGCCUUCCUUUGAUCGUCUUCCUCCGCAACCGCCUCAAGUACUCCCUGAACAAUCGCGAGACCAUGGCCAUUCUGAUGCAGCGCCUCAUCAAGGUCGAUGGCAAGGUCCGCACCGACAUCACCUACCCUGCGGGCUACAUGGAUGUCAUCUCGAUUGAGAAGACUGGAGAGCACUUCCGUCUCGUCUACGAUACCAAAGGGCGCUUCGCCAUCCACCGCAUCGAACAAGCUGAGGCGGAAUACAAACUCGGCAAGGUCAAGAGAGUACAAGUUGGCAAAGGAGGAAUCCCAUACUUGGUUACGCAUGAUGCUCGCACUAUCCGAUACCCCGAUCCGGCCAUCAAGGUCAACGACACUGUCAAGAUUGACCUCACCUCUGGAAAAAUUACCGACUUCAUCCGAUUCGACACUGGUGUGAUCGCCAUGGUCACUGGUGGUCGUAACAUGGGCCGUGUUGGUGUCAUCACUCACCGUGAGAGACACGACGGUGGCUUCAACAUUGUUCACAUCAAGGAUGCAAUUGACAACUCAUUUGCAACCCGAGAGAGCAACGUUUUCAUCAUUGGCAAGGAGAAGCCGUGGAUCAGUCUGCCCAAGGGCAAGGGUGUCAAGUUGUCCAUUGCCGAAGAGAGAGACCGCCGCCGUGCUGUCCAAUUGGCCAACCCUCGAGUGUAG